CUUUCUUUUCUAAAACGUGUUUUUGGCGCAGAUCACCAAAGCACAUACUUCUGUCAAAAUGGUUGCCGCAAAGAAAUCUAAAAAGGCUAUUGAGAGCAUCAACUCUCGCCUUGCCCUGGUGAUGAAAAGUGGAAAGUAUGUCCUAGGAUACAAGCAGACAUUGAAGACUCUCCGUCAAGGAAAAGCCAAACUUGUAAUCAUUGCCAACAACACCCCUCCCCUCAGGAAGAGUGAGAUUGAAUACUAUGCUAUGUUGGCUAAGACUGGAGUCCAUCACUAUAAUGGGAACAACAUUGAGCUUGGAACAUCCUGUGGUAAAUACUUCCAUGUGACCACCUUGAGCAUCACUGAUCCAGGAGAUUCUGACAUCAUCAGGAGCAUGCCAGGGGCUGGUGAACAAACUGCCUAACCAGCAACUUGUCCCCCCAAGAAACAACCAUGGAACAUUGCAGCACAAUCAGAACUUUAUGGAAACAUCAAAAGACUGAAUGAAAUUUAUUGAUAAUUAUUUGUGCUACAAUACAAAUGGUGAUAUGA